CUCGUAAACUUUAGUAAAGCUCUUAAAUAUCAACUUUUUAAAACCAACAAGCAGAUAUGAGCGUAUCUGUGACACACACACAUCUCAAGAAAAAUGACAGCAACCGAGGUUUCAGGCAACAGAGGUUAUAUGAUCAUUUAUACGAUCCGGUAUGUACAUUGUCAGGUGAGGUGGACCACGCCAGGGAAAACCUCAGAGCUCACGCCUCUCUGGAUCGCGUGCGGAAGGUCCCAGAGUUUAACUCUAUGUUUAGUAAUCUGCCGCAUCAUCCUAGUUAUACCUUACGGCUUGAAACCACUGACCCUGUGCCUGCGUUCAUUGAUCGGCAAUGGAGAGGAUACGCUGAGCAGAGGAGGCAAGCCCUACAGCAACUGACAGGAGUUAUGUCAGGGAUUCAGAUGCAUAGACCAAAAGCUGAUGACGUGACAGGUGCGGACCGCUGGAAGUUUUUCAGACGUCCCAUGAUUCCCUUUGCACAGCAGAUCCCUCCUGAUGUUGUAUUUGCAUUGCCAAAGUCUGACCUCUUCUCUUCUCCCGAUGGUGAAGAAAAUCGCACUCCUUUUCAGCGCAAUGUGGGAGUUCAGACUGACUACCGGGAGAGUGAGACGCAAACAGACCCUUACACACCAGACUAUGUACUCCGUCCUGGGACGGCUCCCCCUGAGCUCCUUACCCUGGCUACACUCACAUGGGGUCGUGGACUGCCUGCAGGGCUAGCAGAAGUGGAGAUGAUCGAGAGGGCAAGAAUGAAGAGAGCCUGGGAGAAAACUCUGCCCCCGCUGGAUGACCUCACUCAACUGGAGAAGAGGAGAAGAAUGAUGGAAGAGAUGGAACGGAAGGAGUGGGCCUUCCGAGAGCACGAGAUAGAAAAGUUGCAAGAGGCGCGACUGACCCUGCUGAAGGAGCUCCUCCAUCAGAGACAGGAGAAACAGGAGAAUGUUAUAGUGGAGCGACUGGACCUAAGCUUUUCCCAGCAUCAGAAAGAGAAGGAAGCUCGGCUGAAGAAGAUACACAAUGACUACAUUGUUUCAAUGCGGAAGCUGUUGGCAAAGAGAAAGAAUGUGGAGGGAAAACUGGAGAGACGUGAUAUUAUAAAGGAUUACUCCGAUUAUGGGUCUCAGACAUAUGCUCCUCUGUCUCGUACUGGCCAGCUCCCUGAACGAAAUUCCAACCGUAAUGUGGUCAAGAGUCACUUUCUCAACACGUACCAAGGUCUGUUGGAGCUGGAGGCAGGUCUCCCCUCAUCUGUCAUGGAGCCUCAAAUCGAAGUGCCAAAACCUAAAACAACUAAAGGCUUCAUCUCGCGCUCAGCCCGCAGAGAACUGGAGCUCAUGAAGAUUCACAAAGCUUUGAAAGAGGAAAAGGUGUGUGUGGAGGAAAAGAAGCCUUUACGAUUUCUCUUUAAAAUAGAGAAGCCUGUACCGCGGCCCCCAUCUCCUGUGGUGGAUGGACCCCCUGAGGGAGAUGAGGAAAAGGAACUGGCUGUCAUCUUCCUACAGAAACUGCUCAGAGGAAGAUCUACCCAAAAUCAGAUGUUCGAGGGGAAGCAGAAACGGUUGGAGUUAAUACAGGAACUUCGCACCACCCACGCUCUCCAGAGGGAGGGACAGGAGGAAAAGGAGGCGGAAAAACAGGUCACACUUGCUUUGCAGAGCGAGAGAGACAUCCAUCGUGAGAGGGUGUCUCAGAUUGAGUCCUGCAUUGAUGGCCUGUCUGGUGAAGUGAUAGUGGACAUGCUGGAUUUUCUGAGCAAAGAGUUGAUCCGGCUGCAGGAGGAAAGGCGAAUCCAUGCUUUCGCUCUAUUGGCUGACAGAAACCGGCGUAUUCGUGAGGCUGAGGAGAGCGGGAAACGGCAGAUAGAGGAGAGAAGACGCCGAGAAGAGGAUGAGAUAUUUAAACAGGUGGUCAAGGUACAUCAUGAUACAGUAGACAUGUAUCUGGAGGAUGUCAUCCUGAACUCCAUUAAUGAGACAGCUGAUGCCCAGGCAAGAGAGGAGAUUCAUCAUAUGGCAGAGGAACUAAAUAACAUCACAUAUGCCAUGGAGGAAGCACGAAACAGUCAACAGUCUGAAGAGAUUGUGGCAGAGCUUGUCUACAGGUUCCUCAUUCCUGAGGUCCAGAAGAUAUCUGUCAGAGACAAAGUGCGCCAGAGCCAAAGAAGACACCUUCAGGCAGCUCGCUCCAUCAUCAAUAGCAGUGUCGGAUCUUUUGGGGUCUCCCAAUCUCCUCAGCCCCCAUCUCCUUCAGAUAGAGCAUCUUCAGCAGUCCUCAAUGAAAUGCUCGGUCAAUUAGAGGAGGCUGUUCCCACAACUGUGAGAGACAUUGAACCGAACACAAACAAUGAGACCAGCGCUGUCACAACAGACACUUACAUUGGUGAUAAUUAAUAGGAUAAUUAAAGAUCAUUUCAAGAGCAACAGUAAAAGAGGGGCUUUAUUGUAAAUGAAUGAUCUUUAGAGUAGUUCAUGGUUUGUAUUUUUAAGUUGUUUUUUUUCUGUACUCAUACAGUGUAAAUGAGCAUGAAUGAGUAAAAAGACAGAGAUUAAUGGUUACUCAA